GGUCUUUGUUUCUUUCUUUAAGACCCUUUUUCCUGACGAAAAUACCAUGUUUUGGCCGAAUAUUCUAUUUCUUACAAAACAAAAUUGGCCCUCGACUAUAUUUACUUGCUGACCCCUGCCUUAGGGGCAGCUUUUUCCUUACUGCGCCCCUGAUUUGCAGGGUGAUCUGCCAGGACAUGAAUGAAAGUGUGGAUGCAGCUGAUUUGUCUCCCUCUGUCCGCCGCUGUGUGCUUUGCCCUUUUCAGUAGCUGUGAUGCAGUCAGGCUUCUAACUCCUCCCCCCGGCCUCUUCCUGGCUCUGAAAAUCAACGCACCCUCUGCGCGCCAAUGGGAAGGUGAGACAACAGGUAGGCGUCCUCGCGCGCGGAUCAGUCGGUGCCUUUCAAGCCAAGCCAGUAGUUCGACUCCGAGUGGAGCUGGAGCGAGAUUCCUCCUGGAAGUCAGACCUGAGGCAGAACUUCGCCCAGACUCUUCUCCUGUGAGUCUCUGACAGUUUUCUCGGAAACAGAAGAGCUGUUUUUGGUGCGAGAGACGACCAUGUUUAGGUGGAAACCAGCACAGAGGUAGAAGGGGAGCUGCUUGCUUUGAAAUGUACUGUGAUUAAGUUUUAAUUGGAGAUCAAUUAUCCGAGGACGCCGCGCAUACCUGUGACCUCAGAGGCGUGGAUGUGGGCUUUCUCAUCUUGAAGGUAAACGUGCUUUCUCCCUUUUCUCCCCCUCUUGCGCACAACAAACUUAAUGGCAAUAAAUUAAUCAUUUACCGAAACAUAUAAAACAUAUUUGUUUUUUGUUUUUUUUAUUUCAAAUCAACAUAUAGGUGUUUUGUUGCCUUUGUAGCAGAAACAGUCUGUUGCGUAAUCAUAGAAAGUGUAGCAAUGUCUUGACUAUCCCACCAUGUGACUCAUAAAAAUAACGCCUCCAUUAUAUUUUAUCAUAUGCGUUUCUGCUCUGAUUCAGACUCUGCUGUCUGCAUGUAUUUGCACGCACGUUCGUUUUAAAUCUAUUAAAAGUGCUAGUUGAAAUGCAUCAAUUCUGCUAAACUUCACAGGCCCACGUCGAGAUGUGUCCACUAGCAAGAGUGUACUGUAGCACAACACAGAGAUAAACCUCUAACACUUGCAACAUGUAAUUUCCUAGUGACCAGUGAAUAUUAUAAUCUCAAUAUGGAUUGAAAUAACUGUGAUUAUGACAUAAUGUUUGUGUAUAAACACAAUAUGUAUCAUACAAAAUGUGAAUAACAAUAGCAGCACAUCACAUUUUCAUUAGACAUCACAUAUUUUAGUUUAUAUUUGUUUCCCUGAGUAAAGAAUGUAUGUUUUUAAUUAAUUUUGUAAAAAGUACAUCCCUGUCUGAGGCCGCACACAACCACAACAUUUUAGGGGUGGAAAACGUGUAUUCCAUGUCUUUUAAAUCUAACCAUUUGUAACUCCAGAUGCCUCAAAGGUUUUCUUUCCUCACAGCUGCCAUUUUGUCUCCACCUUGAAACUUGGUUUCUCCCGGGAUAAAGACCGUCACUGAGACUGAGUGGAUCCAAAGAGGUCGCAUACGCUGACCCAGACCCUCUGCAGGAGGACAUGGACGUUCUGCGGAGGUCUUCUGUGUUUGCUGCGGAGGUCCUGGAUGUGUUUGACCGCUCUCUGACCGAGAAGGAGCUGGUGUCCCAGUCCAAAGCCUUGUGCAGAGACUACAUUUUGUCCAGACUCAACCAGAACGGGCUGGGAUGGUCCAAAUCUGAACUCAGCCUCGCUCCCUCGAAUGCAGCACUCGCAGAAGUGUCUACAGUGCUCCUCUGUCUCGGCGACGAGCUGGAGGGUAUACAGCCCACUUUGUACAGGAACGUGGCGCGGCAGCUCAGCAUCUCUGUUGCCAUGGAGAACAUGGUUUCGGAUGCCUUUAUCGGCGUGGCGACGGAGAUCUUUGCAACAGGUAUAACAUGGGGUAAGGUGGUGGCCAUGUAUGCAGUAGCUGGGGCGCUGGCAGUGGACUGUGUCAGACAAGAACGUGCGACCAACGUUCACAUCAUAGUGCAGAGUCUGGGACAGUUUGUGCGCAAGUACCUGGUUCCCUGGCUGAAGAGACGGGGAGGAUGGGUGGACAUCACAAAGUGCGUGGUGAAGAAAGAUCUCACGCCUGAACAGCACUGGCUGUCCUCCAUCAUCGAGUCCCUGAAGUUCUUCCUCUCUACAGUGUAUGUCUACGUCAUGAAGGAACCAUGAACUGCUGAGACCAAGCGAGUGCACGAGAGCCAUCUUGUGAUUGUUUCACAGGAAAAGACUUAUCUAUGGGGAGCCAGAGUGGUGAUGGUGACUGUGCUUGACGGGGACGAGGCCUGCCAGCAGAUCUCGCUGUGUUGCUGAAGGGCCAUCAGGAAGUGUUUUAUUAGCAUCACGUUUGUGUUUUCUCCGGGGGUCAGAUGAGCCUGUAGGUGAUUACCCUUCAUCCAAAGAGUUGUCACCAUGCUGUCUAAGAGCAUACAAGGCAAUGAAAUUACUCUCUCACUCCAACUGUAUAUUUUCAUGCCACAUACAAUAGUACAGUAAACCAGGGCUUCUCCAGUGCUGUAUCUGUGGCCCCCCUUCAGACCUGGUAGCGACAUCGGUCCUAUGAGAUCUGUGCACAUACAAACGGCACAAAACACUUCACUCCUGGCCUUAAAUUGCAUCUUGGAUGCGUCCUUUGUGACUCAUGAGAGAGUGGGUUUUUGCAUCACCUGUGUUUUAUAUUUAAAUACAGAGUUAUGUCAUAAUUCUGACUGCACAAAGGUUUCCGUUGUCAGUGUGUGAUUCUGAAUCUUUGUAUCUGUGUGAGUGACAGGUAGAGGGGAAAAAUGAGGGAAGUAAAUCAGUGCUCUACUCACGCUGCUGUAAUUAUGAGAUUUUUAUCCUUUUGAAAAAACAAGUUAUGUGUUGAUCAGUGCUAAUAUUGCAGAGCUGACUACAAUUCAAUUACUGUAUGGACACUCUUUAGAUUGAAUGUGGCCCCAAAUCCACUUCUGAUUGUGGUUUAUGUGAUUAGCUGCGUUCAGACCUGUAUUUGGCACCGUCUGCAUGUGAUCGAAAUUCAGCAUUGAAUUGGGCUGAGUCAGAUGUUCUGACCAUUUGCAUCGUAAUGUUCAUCUGAAAGAGUGAUGGAAGCUGUUUGUGAUGAAUGAUGAAAGAAUGAAUGCUCAGCGGGCUGGGUCUCUAAAUUCUCCAAGUCAGGUGUCACCUGUUGAAGCAUAGGUGUCUCACUCAGUAGAGCAAUAUCAGGGGAUAUUAACUACUGACACUAAAAAGGUUUAAUCUUUGCAUUUGCAGAUGAGAAGUGUGUUUCCUUAAUCUGACCCAAAAUGCUAUGGUUGAUUAAACCUUUUUUGCACCAAUUUUAGACUAGAUUGAUCAGACAAUGUUGGGUUGUGCUCAUUUCUGACCAAAGAACUUAAGGACAGAGGAAUGGUGUGUAGUGACAGCACAGAUUCUGGUUUGUACUGAUUUCCUUUUAAAUCUGUAAAUAGACUAUUUAUGAUUUUAUUUUUUUAUGCCGACUAUGACCACUGCAGUAUGGAAAGGGCUGAUGCCACAGCUCUUCAAGAGGACUGUGUGAUUUGUACAUGAUGGUUGUUGCUUUCAAAGUGUUGAUUUAUAAAUGUAUCUUUUCUCUUUUUUCAAAAAUCCACAAUAAAUUUAAAUCUUAACACA